CCGAGAAGUUGGCCGUGCCGUCGAGAGAAAAAUAUCCUCGCAAUCUACGGUUAAAACCGUUUUUGUGGCCAACAUCCCAUACCCGGCCAGCACAAUGUCUUCGAAAAGCAAGAAAGGAACUGAUAACGCACAAACCAAGGAGGAUGAGGUGGUCCAGAUUAACAAAUGGGACGGUACCGCCGUGAAGCACGCACUGGAUGACUCGGUAAAGAAUGCGCUAAUGAACCACAGUGACAUGAAGGAACACUUUGCCAUCAUCGACGGCCGGUUGUUUAUCUGUACGCUGGCGGUCCUGAUCGCGCUGGUCGCCCUCGGCUACGAUUAUCAGUAUUCCUUCCCAGCUUCGAAGCCCGUUCUGAUCAUAUGCGUGUGCUGUUACUUCUUCCUGAUGGGCGUGCUGACCGUCUACACGACCUACGUCGAGAAGGGCAUUUUCGUGGUGGCCAACCAGAAGAACGGUACCGGGAGCGCGAAACGAUGGCAAGCCAGUUCCGAUAUGAAGAAGUACGACGACAAGUACGAGCUGACCGUACAGCUGAAGGACAGCCGCGGCAUACGGGAGGCGACGGUCAUGAAAUCGGUGGCAAACUUUAUCGAUGCCAAUGGUGUCGUGUUGGACGAUCUGGUGGCCAGCGAAGUGAACCGAAUUGUGAACUCGUUGAACGCGGAUCGUAAAGACAAGUAGACAAGGAAAGUGCGCACAGGACGGGGGAAAGAUGUCUCAUCGUUUCUCGGAUGGUUGGAAUAAAUUUAACCGACACCCAUCUUAGUGCUUAGUUAUCAUUUUGCAAACGAAAGUGCCGUACCGAUACCAUCAAAAUAAGCUCUAUUACUAGUCUUGCUUUACAAAGGUGAAGCGCCUACGAUUCGUACAGCUUCCCUACGCGGGAGAAGGAUGUUUUGGGUCCACAUCGGCUCUCGCAGUUUUAUUCCUCUCCAGCGACGCUUGGCAGUCUUUGCAGACGCAUUCGGAUGUAGUUCGCUUUGCAUUUUUGUUGUCAUACCAUGGCACAUUUCCGCUUCAGUGAGAUUUCAAGUUUCAGCUUCAGUGAGCAGUGACUGGAUGAUUCUUUCGGUGCCACUGUGUCUUCAGCAACGCGCUCCUCGCGUUAAGACAGUUUGUGGCUCAUCUCCUCCGGAUAGUGGUUCUUAAAAUACUCGCGAUACAUCCGCAGGUUGAAACAAAGAACCGACCGGUCGGCGUAGCAAAUGUCCAGCUCCUGCCAGUCCUUUUCUGCCCUGCAGAUGCUUUGUUGGGCAACCGGCUUGCAAUCUUGCCCUUCGCGUAUUCCUCCGGCUGGAACCGAUAUGACAGUUGGUCCUGUCCAUUGCAUUUUGGCAUGUUUGGUUAACGGAUAGCUAACCCUAAUCUAGGAGAUCAAGCAAACACGGUGCUGAA